AAGCACUCCGUGCUAAACUGGAAACGAAAAAUAUAUUGAUAGAACAAAAAGAAAAAACUUCUGAACGGCUAGAAGCAGAUUUAAGGAUCGAAAAGAACAAAGUGUCAGAUCUUCGCGAUAACAAUAGAAAUUAUGAGCAAAAAAUCAGUCAGUUGUUGGCGCGGAUUGAUGCUAUGGAAAGUCUACUGCAUGAGAAAGAAAAUGAGCUGGAAAAAGUCAAGCAAAAACUUCUGACAAAUCCGGACGUGCAAAAGGAAGAAGAGUUGCAGAUGCAGCUUGAUGAAGCUAAUAGGGAAAAAUUGAGGAUGCAGUCGUUAAUUAACGAGUUACGCCACAAUGCUGAAAAAGAAAAAGUGCAACAAUUGGAAACAUUUCAAGCAGAAAAUCGACAAUUAAUAGCAACAAUCGAAAGUUUGCAAAAGGAAUUAGCCGAUCGACAAAUACUGUUAGAGUCACAAAGUGAAAAAAUAGGUGACCUGGAUCGAGAAUUGGUAACGGUAGAACGGCAAUGCAAGGACCGUGCACCGCAACUUUCAAAUGACGAAGAGCUUGCUGAAGCGAGAAAAGAGAUUGAAUCUCUUCUUCGAAUGGUGCAAACACUUGAGAAAGAAAAGGCUUCUAUAAUUUCGCAUUAUAUUCACAAAGGUGAUGCCGCUUCGAUAAUUGGUCAAACUCGACCCGAAUUUUCUGCUCUCACAACCAAAGGAUCUUUUAAAUCUAGGGUGGAGGAACUAGAAGAAGCAUUGCGUGAAUCAGUAAGUAUAACAGCUGAAAGAGAGCUUCAUGUGGCCCAACAAAAACAGCUUAGUCAACAACUUGCUGCUCAAUUAACCGAAUGUCGCCGUGAAUUAAACGAACUUCGACGACAUGUAAAAAAAUUGACAAGUAAUGAACGGGAAGAAGUGUUGCGUUCUUUGGAAGUUGAAAAACGAAGGCAUAUUGAGCAGCUGCUGCAGUUAAAGCAUGAAGCGUUGGUAGCAGCAAUUGCCGAAAAAGAUGCUCACAUUGCGUUAUUGGAGCAAUCCAGGGAGAGACCACGAGAAGAGAUAGAGACUCUGCGCCAUCAUAAAGAAAAACUGAUGGAAAAAUUGAAAGAGGAAAACGAACGUCGUGCUCAGCUUCUCAGUUCUACUAAUUUAAGCGUAGCAAACGAUCUCUCAAGAGAAGGCGGUCUUACAACAGUCACAGCAGUCAAUGCUCCAGCAAGUCUUACUAUAUCGCAACAAGCUAUUGCUGAUCAGGUUGAGCUUCUUUUUGUACAAAAUCUUUUAUUUAGAGGCCAGUUACACUAUUUUUUGUCUAGUAGCCGUGUCCGACGUGAUUUACCGUUGCAUAUAUUAAACAGUGACAAAUUGCUCAUUUUUGCAAAUUUUGCUUAA